AUGUUCCGCCAACCGAUAACGAGCGCAGUACGAAAAGCUCUCUCGCCAUCUCUAGCUUCUUUUGCUUUCUCCCCUCGCGCAGCAGCACGAUGCUCCCGGUUGACUUCCGCCUUGCAUCCCUGUCAUAGAAAUCCAAUCACCUCGAAAACAUCCUUUACUUUUUUUCAAGAGCAGCUCCCUCGAUUUCACAGUCGCCACUUCACUAGUUCCGCCAGUAGCCACUAUGGAUUCGGGAAUCAGCCAUACAGACGGUUCAAUAACCCACAGCGGCAACCGUUUUUGUGGCGCCUAUUGGGAAAUGCGAAACCCCAUCAUUUCGUACUUAUUGGACUUGGAAUCAGCGGAUUAUAUAUAUAUAACUCGGAAACAGUGGAGAUGACCGGUCGCCGUCGCUUCAACUGUAUUAGUUCUGAACAGGAGCUCCAGAUGGGGAAUCAGAGCUACAAAGAGGUUCUAAGCUCUUCUCGUGGAAAGAUACUACCAGAACACCAUCCUACCACUGUAUUAGUCAAACGAGUUCUCGACAGGCUCAUCCCACAGGCACCGAUAGUAGGUGCAAACUGGAGGGUUCAUGUGAUCAAGGACGAUGGGAUGAUAAAUGCUUUUGUUCUUCCGGGUGGUAAGGUGUUUGUCUAUACUGGCAUCUUGCCGGUCUGCGAAGAUGAAGACGGAUUAGCAGCGGUACUUGGCCACGAGAUUGCUCAUGUGGUAGCGCGGCAUCCUGCUGAGCGGAUGAGUAAUAGCCUCCUCACAAUUGGGGCGGUAUUCCUCAUCUCUGCGAUGUUUGAUAUCUCGGGACAGAUUCCAUCGCUUCUUUUGAACCUAAUGUACAGUCUGCCGAAUUCCAGGACACAAGAAGCGGAAGCAGAUGAUAUGGGCCUGAUGAUGAUGUCUAAGGCUUGCUAUAACCCAGAGGCAGCCGCCAGACUUUGGUCGCGGAUGCAGCGACUGGAGAAAGAGGCGCCGCCCCAGUUCAUGUCGACACACCCGUCGAGUUAUAAUCGGGAGGAAGCGAUUCGUGAUCGGCUGCACAAGGCUCAAGAUGCUUAUGAACAAAGCGGAUGUGACUCGAUGAAAACAUACAUGCCGGGGUUCCGGCAAGCUUAUGGCAACUUUGGCUGGUAA